CUGCUCGCUGCAGUUCCCGGCCUUGGUCCCCACGCCACCUGCCGCGGCGGCUCCCGGUGCAGCCCGCGCGCUCGCCAGGUAAGCUGCUCACCCGGUGCUGGGACACAUAUCCGCAGCCUGUCCCCAGUUCCCCGUGCUUGGUGUCUUUUUCCUUUGAGGGGCGGGGCUGCUUAUGGCUUUUUGGGUGUACUUAUUUCGCUGCCCCGCGCGCAUCCGGGUCCCGCCUCACCUCUGCCUCCUGUAGUUUCAGCCUCAGUGUCAAGUGUGCACAGAGUGGAAACGCGAGAUCUUGAGGCAUCACGUCAACAGAAAUGGAGACGUGCACUGGGGAAAUUGCCGGCCUGGCCUCUGGCCGGUGGACGCUUGGGAGGUAGCCAAGGUGACCUGGUGCCUCCCUUACUCUAGGCCUUCAUGCCUCGAGGACUGGCAGACAAACGAGGACCUGAGGAAUGUGAUGCAGUUGCUCUGUUGAGUCUCAUCAACUCCUGUGAUCACUUCAUGGUUGACCGGAAGAAAGUCACAGAGCUAAUUCGGUGUCGGAACGAGAUAAUGCACUCUUCAGAGAUGAAAGUAUCUUCUACAUGGCUUCGAGAUUUUCAGAUAAAGAUCCAAAAUUUUCUGAAUGAAUUCAAGAAUAUUCCAGAGAUUGUAGCAGUAUAUUCUAGAAUAGAACAGCUGCUGACAUCUGACUGGGCUGUUCACAUUCCUGAGGAGGAUGAACGAGAUGGGUGUGAAUUCGAAACAGGAAGUUACUUGAGUGCGAGCCAAAUCCAUGAAAUUGAAACGGAACUGCUGAAGGAAAAACUGCAAGAGAUGUAUCUUCAAGCAGCUGCAGAAGAGGUGUUGCCAGAAGAGAUCUCGAAUCGACUGGAUGUGGUGAAAGCGUUUCUGAGAAACAACACAGAUCUCAGAAAUGGCCUUACAGAAGACGUGCAGAAGCUAGACAGCCUCCAUCUCCAGCAUCAGAAACAGACUUCAAAGGAUGCUGAGAGACAGCCACCUGAAAGGAAGCCUUGAGGUCAAUGGAAUUAGACUUCUUCGUGUCAACUCUGGACUUUGCUAUAUUCCCAAAACUGCCUAGAAGAAACGCUCCAUGCCAAGGCUCAGCAAACAUGAGUCGCUCCUUCACCUGGUCAGCUGCCUGCCCAAGAUUGAAUCUUCAGAGAAUGGCUGGAGAGAGACUGUAUUUGGCCUAUAUUUUGACUUUAGAACCCAUGUGAAUGCAAAUGUGCCUGCAGCUUGGUGGUUUCAUUUCCUGGUUGCUGUUUGCUUUUCAGUCUUGUCUUUUCUUUCUCCCUUCAUUGUUCUCCCUUCUCAAGUUCCUUGAGAAGGCUUCAAGAGUAAAACAAUACUUUGCAUUUAUUUUGCAACUUUGCCAAAACAAACAACAGCAACAACAACAACAAAAAAAACCUAAUGAAAUACCUCCUCCUUACUAGAUCUGAGGUACACAUCAUGGACUCUUGAUUCACUAACCCACAAAAACCUGGUUUCUAACUAGGAAGUUUAAGAUCUGAACCUUUCAGUUUCCACCUGUGUCUAGUUAGUUUGUCCUUAUCAAUCAGCACGCACUUACCAGUGUCAACCCUGUGCCAGACAUUGAAGUGGAUACAAACGUAAAAAGGGGUGAAGUCAUACCUUACUGGCUUGUUCAGAAAACUGUUAGUUUUCUGCUAGUAACAUUUCAUUGCAUUGAAACAGAAAGAAAGAUUUGUUAAAAGGGCUCUAAAGCAAGUGUGCUCUAUACUGAGGCAUCAGCCUGUAGGCAUCUCUUCAACAGAACUGUGCCUCUGGGCACAGGGUAUGUACGGAAAGGAUGUUCACCACAGCAUUGAUACCCAGCCGCCAGUAGAGAGGACCUGCUAAAUAAGGCAUAGAACAUAGUACUAUGCCCCAUAACUGUUAGAAAGAAUGAGCCCGUGCUGCAGUACAUUAAUGGGAAUUAGCUAGAAGACCUCUAAGUCAAGAAGUGGCUGAGAGGGUGGGGUGGAGCCCAGCAUGCAUGACACCUUGAGUUAGAUCCUCGCUCCACAGGCAAAUAAGUAGAAAAGCAAAGUGUUUAAUAAUACCUAGCAUGCUACAGUGCUGUUUGUAUUGUAUAAUAACUGAGGUCUGGGAAGGUUUUUUUCCAAGUCUGUCUGCUGUGUUAUGUCUAUGAGAGGAUUUGGGGCUGUGGGGAGUAGUCAGAAGGAAUUUAUCUUUUUUAUUUUGUAUAUUUUUAUAAUAAAUACGCACUCAUGUAUUUUGAAACUUUUCAA